AUGCCCCCCGCUCAUCGUGGCCCGACCGGCUCUCCAAUGGACCGCUGGACGGACGCAUCGCCCAGCGCCAUCUCGAGCGGCUUUCAGACCGCCAUGUCGCUCGGACCUCAGCCACGCCUCAACUUCGACAUGCCGCCUUCCGGGCUCAACACAUCCGCAGCCAGCUUCAACACGGACGAAGAAGACGAAGAUGAAGACGAAGAUGAUGCCGAUGCGCCGGCGAAGAAGGCGGACGGAAAGUCAGCCAAAAGCAAGAAGGGUGCCGCUGCAGCCAAGUCCAAGGAUGCCAAAGCCGCACAGCACCGCAAGGAGCAGAAUCGCGCAGCUCAGCGCGAGUUCCGCCAGCGCAAGCAGCAAUACAUCCGUGCGCUCGAGGCUCGCGUAGAGCUGCUCUCGUCCGACCACGAUACGCAGGUCAAUCGGCUUCGGUAUGCGCUCCGACAUCUGCUCGCCGAGAACAACUCGCUGCGUGGCAUCGUCGGCAGCCUCGCCCACUUUAUCGGCGCGCGCAGCAUCGGCGGAUGUCUGGUCGAAGCCGGUAUGACAAGACAGAUGCUCGAAGCUACCAUGAACUCUUCCAGCGAGAAGACCAUGUCCGAAGCGUGGGCCAACUGGCCUGGUGCCGGCGAAUGCGAAAUGCUCAAACAGCUCCGCAAGGAGAGCAACAUCCCCGCCGAUGGCCUCCCCGAGAGCAAACUCGCCAACUACUUUCGCGAUGCCAAUGGAAAAGCCGCUGCCGAUAACUCGACCGACGCCGACAAGAAGAAGAGGACGGCAGAUGACGCGGCAGCCAAAGACUCGAAACGCAAGCGCAAGACCAACGACACAAGCGCCUCCCGCAACAGCAGCCCGGCAACGAACCCCGAUCCGCGCACAGGCUCUGGGCAACCAUCAGUGGCCUCCCCGCAGAGUUUGGCCUCGAACGAGAUGAAACAGCCUUGGCCGCAGCAGCAGCAACAACAACAACAGCAGCAACAGCAGAUUCCGACCGCUCUACCCAGCCAAUUCUGGCAGCCAACAGCCUUUGGAGGCUCAAUGUCCAUGCGCAACGAUGUUGAUUCCAUGUUCGCCCAAACCUUGCUCGGUGGUGGCAAUGCAGAUAUGAGCGGCCUGGCUGCCAUGACGGGCUCUCUCUUCCCCACCGACAAUCAGAGCGUCUUCUCCCCGCAACAGGCCAUGACGUUCAACAACAUACUUCCGACCCCCGGCUCCGCCAUGCCCAACGCUUCGGCCGCCGCGUCCAACUUCAACUUUCUGGGCUUUGGCGGAGUGCCCACUAUGGUUGGAGCCUCAGCUGAUUCGACCCUUGGCUCCGCACCCUUCGCAACGCAGCCGCCGCCGUCGGGCCAGAGCGACACAACGGCGAUCGUCCAGACCCCUGCUUCACCUGCUACAGGAGGUGUCGAGGGGACUGUCCUGCGCUCAGGCACUCGAGCUUCACCAGAGCAGAUCCGUAAUUUACGCCGCCGCGGCGCACGUGCAAUUGCCCAGGUGAACCGGAUCUGGGCUCAGCGCGGCGCCAACAACUUCCUCAACCUGCCCGUCCAGUACCCGCUCGACGAACAAGAUCUAAAGUUCCUCGAGCAGCAGGAAGCCACCAAUCCGCACAUUAAGAUCGCAUACAUGCGUCUACCCAACGAGUGGGACGAAGGUGACAUUGCAGGAGGCAACGCGAGCGGCUCACCCGACGGCUCGCAGACCAAGACGAAGACGAGGUACGAUAUCGAGAAGCAGGCCGAAUACUUCCUCCAGAUCUCGUACCAUCUGCACAACCACAGCCUCAACCCGAGCUAUAGCUUGCCGCCGUCGCUGCGGCCGACAGCUCUGCAGCAGUCGACUCCACACGACCAUGCGAUCGAUUUGUUGCCCAACGCGCCGCUGCGCGACAAGCUGAUCCAGAACCCGGGGCUCGAGACGCACAAAGUGACGAUCGACGUCAUCCGCUUCCUCUCGCCCAGCGAUGGCGACAUGAACAUCGAGCGCAACUGGGUGCUGACGCUGCCGUUCUUCGUGCGAUACCCGCAGCUGGCGGAUCCGGCCAUGGUGGCGAAUAUGAACCGGCAGAGGGCCAUGCGUGGCGAGAAGGAGGUCACCAUCGACGACAUCUGGAGAGAGCACCGCGCGUUCACCGAGUACACCCAGGCGAGGCUCAAAGAGAUCAGCUAG